AUGAAGUUCACACUCAGUGUCUUGGCACUUGUCGUGUCUGCCAAUGCGUGGACCAUGCAAUUCGACUGUCCAAGAGGCUCUGGCUUCGAAGGGUCCUAUUCUGGUUCCAAGAACAAAGGCUGCACAAGCAUCCCAACUUGUGUCAAGGGCGAUCAUAUGGUCUGGGGUAACACCAAGAAGUCCAACUGUGUUCUCAGGCUUUAUACUGCUGCGCCAUGUGCUGCCGAACAGGAGAUUGGACACUCGAAGGAGAAUUGGGAUCAUAAGUUUGGUCAAGCUGUUUGGGCUUGGGGAGUCACGAACUGUUAA